UUGACCUUCUUAAUACCAUCUUUUUUAAAUGAAAUAAAACUCUUUUCUGAGAGUUUCUGCUAUAGAAUUGAUGCACUAGGUACUUUUCAGACUCUUGCCGGUCUUGGUGGAGACAUAUUCGGUGCCGAUAAAGCAGCAGCAGGUGGCGGUGGUGGUGCCGUACUGGGUCCACCAAGACCACCUGGGCAGGGUGGCAUGGUUGGCACACACGAUCCAAACUACCAGACUCUCGCUGGCAUAGGUGGCGACAUUUUUGGCGCAGAUAAAGCACCCGCAGCAGUACCUGCGACGUUGGCCGGCAUUGGUGGCGACAUAUUCGGUGCUGACAAGAAAGUUAACGCUGUUGGUGCCCCUGCUCCUGUUCGCGCUCCAGCUGCGCCACAAGGCAAGCUUACUUCUGCACAGGCAGAUACAUUCGAUCCGAAUUAUCAGACUUUGGCUGCUGUGAAUCAGGACAUUUUUGGCGCGGACAAAAAAGUUGCGGAUGGUGCUCUGCCAAAUAUUCGAGCUCCCCAAGGAACGCCCGGAAAAGCUGAAACAUUUGAUCCAAAUUAUCAAACAUUAGCGGCUGUAAAUCCAGACAUAUUUGGAGCGGACAAGAAGAGAUGGUAA